AUGUCUGUACCUAAUACCUGGAUUGCAUCGUUGAACAUGGCAUUUCUCUGUAUCGUUAUCGCCUUUGUCACUUCUACUGACUGGACUCUCGGUCUUUUCCUUGACUCUAAAUCAUUAGCUGCUGAAUAUGUGUUAGGCGCAAUUUCCACCAAAACUACAACUCUUAGUCCGAAGAAAAGUUUCUGCUCAUCUGUUAGGAUUAUAUUUGUAUGGUAUGAGGAUGCAUAUGAUCCUGAAUCUAGGUGGUUUGACUUUAAGGGGUAUGAGAUGAGAGCAUGCUUUGAAGCAAUUGGUGUUGAUUUAUUAUAA